ACCAUGUCAGCUUUCAAUAACACUACAUCCUCUCCCUCAAUCUUCCUCCUGACUGCAUUUCCUGGGCUGGAACUUGCUCAUGCCUGGAUCUCCAUUCCUGUCUUCUGUCUCUAUACCAUUGCCUUCUUGGGAAACAGCAUGAUCCUGUUUGUCAUUGCCUCAGAGCGGAGCCUCCACAAGCCCAUGUAUUAUUUCCUCUCCAUGCUUUCAGCUGCUGAUCUAUGUCUGACCUUCACGACUCUCCCCACAGUGCUUAGGGUCCUCUGGUUCCAUGCCCGGAAGAUCAGCUUUAAAGCUUGCAUCAUUCAAAUGUUCUUUAUACAUGCUUUUUCCCUCCUGGAGUCCUCAGUGCUGGUAGCUAUGGCCUUUGACCGCUUCAUGGCCAUCUGUAACCCACUGAAGUAUGCCACUGUCCUCACGGAUAUGAUGAUUGCGAUGAUUGGACUAAUCAUCUGUAUACGGCUGUUAAUUUUCAUGUUUCCCUUGGGUCCUGCCUUGAAAAGCUUGUCUUUCCAAGGAGGCCAAGAGCUCUCCCACCCAUUUUGCUACCACCCAGAUAUGAUCAAACACACAUAUUCGAACCCCUGGGUCACCAGUUUUUGGGGCAUGUUUAUUCAGCUCUACUUGACUGGCACUGACUUAUUGUUCAUCAUUUCCUCCUAUGUCCUGAUUCUCCGUACUGUCCUGAGCAUCCUGGCCCCCAAGAAGCAACAGAAAGCCCUCAAUACUUGUGCCUGUCACAUCUGUGCUGUCACCACUUUCUACGUGCCAAUGAUCAGCCUGUCUUUGGCACACCGCCUCUUCAACUCGACCCCAAGUGUGGUCUGUAGCAUUUUGGCCAAUGUUUAUCUGCUCUUACCACCUGUACUAAACCCUAUUAUUUACAGCUUGAAGACCAAGACAAUCCGCCAGGCUAUGCUUCAGCUGUUCCAAUCCAAGCAUCCACAAGGCCCCAAUGUGAGGGGUCUUAGAGGAAGAUGGGUUUGA